GAUCGCGUAGUUGGCCGCCGGCAUCGUCACCGGCAUGCUUUGCCAUUGAACGCGAAUUUCCUCGAGAGUGGGCGUUAGAACGAGCUUGGCACGGAAAUAGCAGGAUGAAGGCUACCGCAUGUGCUGUGCUGGCAAUCGCUGCCUUGUAUCUAGUAGGCGACGUGUCCAGCGAGUGCCCGCAAGCAUGGUUUGACUGCGGCAACGGCAGGUGUAUCGCCAUGUUCUGGAGGUGCGAUGGCCAGAACGACUGCGGCAACCACAAGGACGAGACCGGAUGCAGUGCAACCCAAAGCCGAUGUCCCGCGGACAAAUUCGCCUGCCACGACUCCAGCUACUGCGUCCCGCAAAUUUGGGUGUGCGAUGGCGAAGCGGACUGCCACGACUCCUCUGACGAGCAGGACUGUCACUCGAGCAACUGCACCGGCUACAGGUGCCACAAUAACGAGUGCAUUCCUGCCCCGUGGCGCUGCGACCAAACUGAAGACUGUAUUGACGCCUCCGACGAGUUGGACUGCGGAGGGGCAAAAAACUCUUCCGCUACGACGUUGGCCCCUCGUUGCGACGUCGACCAAGGUCGCUUUCCUUGCCUUGACGGACAGUGUCUUCUUCCUUCCAAGGUGUGCGAUGGCCGCAAGGAUUGCAGUGACGGCGCUGAUGAAGGCGCCUUCUGUAAGGUCAACGAGUGCAGUCAGAAGAAAUGCAGCCAAGGAUGUUUCGUUGCGACCAACGGUUCUACGUGUUAUUGCAACGCCGGCUUCCGCCUCAUGGCAGACCACAUAUCUUGUGCCGAUAUCGACGAAUGUGUUGAAGAUCCUCACGUCUGCAGUCAUGGUUGUAUAAACUCUCCAGGAUCUUACUCCUGUCACUGUCUCGAGGGCUAUCAGCUCGCCGAUAAGAGCUUCUGCAAGGCGCGAGAUCCUGAACCGCUUCUCGUAUUCUCGACGACGAAGGAAAUUCGUGGCCUCUGGCUCCGAUCCAACCGGUACUUCGAAAUUCACCCGGCCGAAGCUCAAGCCGUCGGCGUCGAGUUCGACAGCGACCAGCAUCGUGUCUUCUGGACUGACGUUUCUACAUGGAAGUCUUCGAUUCAUUCCUGCCGCCUUGAUGGUUCGGACUUCAAAACUCUCUUCAGUGCCGAAAAAACUCUACUCGAAGACCUUUCCCUGGAUUGGGUUACAAACAACCUUUACAUAACGGACUCUCUCGUUAAACGCAUCUUGGUGUGUACAACAGAUGGGGUUUCUUGCAGCGCACUUAUUACAGACUCCGUAGAUUCUCCUCGAGCGAUCAUCGUAAACCCACCGCAAAAAGCAGUUUACUGGACCGAUUGGGGCCCGCGGCCAGCUAUCAUGCAUUCGAGCACGGACGGCACGAACAUCCAGCAAUUGGUAUCUACUGAUCUUGGUUGGCCCAACGGCCUUACGUUGGAUCACACUACCAACCGCCUCUACUGGUGCGAUGCAAAGCUCUCCAGGCUGGAAUAUCUUGAGCUCGCCACCCUGAAACGUGACGUCGUCAUGGACGAAGAUGUCUUCCACCCUUUCGCCCUUACCGUCUUCGAGGAUACAGUUUACUGGAGCGACUGGGCGUCUUACUCGCUCGACUCCAGUAACAAGCGUACCGGCAAGCAGCAUCAUCGGAUUUUGAGGGAAAACAGUCACCACAUCAUGGGUGUUCACGUUUACCAUCCAGUACUACGGCAACGAGGCAUCCAGAAUCAAUGUUGGGACAACCCCUGUGAUCACAUUUGCGUCCUCUCUGGAGACUCGUACAUGUGCCUGUGCCGCAUCGGCUACAAGCUGGCAGCGAACAAGCAUUCUUGCACAGUUACCAAGGACUUCAGUUUCGUCAUCGUUGCUGAAGAAGACUUGCUCUAUAAGAUUGACCUCAACAAAGUCGGCGCCCCUGUGCCUAAGACAUUGCCAGUUACUAAUUUGGGCAUGAUCAGUGCUCUGGCCUUUGACUGGUCCAACCAGACUCUCCACUACAGUGACAAUCGCCACUCGGUCCUGUCUGCCAUCAACGUCAACACUUUCGAGCAAUGGACCGUCCACGAUCACAUUGGCUCAGUCUUCGGCAUGGAUUUCGACGUCACUCAUCAGCUUCUUUACUGGGUCGACGCUGACAAAUACACCCUCGAGGCCUGCCAUGCUAACGGCUCUGGACAUACAAUCAUCCGGGACGACCUCCACCGCCCAGUUGGCGUUGCUCUGUACCCUUUUGCUGGAAUACUUUUCGUGCUGAGCGCUGGUGACAAGCCCACAAUCACAUCGUACACCAUGGAUGGCCAAAACCCUCGAGUGCUUCCCCUGUCCACUCUGCUGCUUCCAGUCUCGCUUAGUGUCGAUCUAGUAGCCCGGACGCUAGUAUGGGCUGACGCAGUUCGUGGGACCAUCGAAUCUUUAGACCUUCAGAGAGUCUCAACUGGGACGCCUUUCAUCGUUCAACAAGUGAAAGCCCACAUUUCCUCAGUGUCUGCCGCGCACAACGAAAUCCAUUGGGCAUCCCGAGACAAAGCCUCCCUCGAAUACAUCGACCUUUCUAGCGAGCCCAGCGUUCGCCGCCACGUUUCACUACGUUCUACGCGGAACGGCACCUUUUCGAGACGUGUCAUUGUCGCAGCUCAAGUUCCGCCGUUCGCGCCCGGUCCAUGUGGGCAGAGUAAUGGCGGCUGUUCACACACCUGUCUGCCUGUGCGCACUACAGACCGUUCGUGCUUCUGUCCACCUGGAAUGGCCCUCAACGCCGACAACAUCACCUGUCGAGUCGAAAACGGCACCUGUCGCCCGCACGAGCUCCCAUGCGCAGGCAGGUGUAUAGCAGCCACAAACUGGUGCGACGGCCACAAGGACUGUUCGGACAACGCAGACGAAGAGUCUUGUGGCUCCACCGCCUGUCCUUCCACUGACUUCACCUGCUCCAACGGUCGUUGCAUUGAGAAGGAAUGGCAGUGCGAUGGCUACAAUGACUGUGGCGACUCCUCCGAUGAAAGGAACUGCACCCGCCAGACUUGCGCUUCCCACCAGUACACCUGCCGCAGCGGAGUCUGCGUCCCUCUUUAUUGGCGCUGCGAUGGCUCUGAAGACUGCCCCGACGGCGACGACGAGCUGAACUGCCGUAGUGUGCGCUGUCCCAGUGGUCACAACCGCUGUGCCAAUGGCCAGUGCAUUCCGCAGGACUGGACUUGUGAUGGUCACGCUGACUGCACAGAUUCAUCGGACGAAAAAAACUGCACUGAAUCUCCCUCCUGCUUCGAGGACGAUUUCCACUGCGCUAAUGGGCAGUGCGUGGACAAGAGGCUUCGCUGCGAUCACGAUGAUGACUGCGAGGAUUCCUCCGACGAAGUUGGCUGUGAUUUUGCAAAAGUCAACCGAACAAAGUGUUCCACUGGCAUGGUAGACUGUGGCGACGGCCAGUGCAUCUACACCCACGACAUGUGUGACGGCUACGUUGACUGUCACACCGGCAGGGACGAGCGCAACUGCUCUGCACCCAUAUGCCGUUCCGCGGAGUUCUUCUGCACGGGAACAAAGCGCUGCAUUCUGCAAAGCUGGUUUUGCGACGGUGAUGACGAUUGCGGCGACGGCAUGGAUGAACACCUUGAGAGAUGUCACCCCACAACGAAAGUUAGCGCAACGCCUACGCCUGCUUGCGGGAGCAACGAAUUCAAGUGCGGUUCCCGUGAAUGCAUCUCCUGGUCCCGUGUCUGCGAUGGGCGUACGGAUUGCGCAGACUUCUCGGACGAAGGCAGCCAUUGCGUCAAUUAUUGCGGCACUACUAAUGGAGGCUGCGCUCAUUUGUGCCGGGAAUCUCCUGCUGGUCCUUUGUGUUCCUGUCAUCCCGGCUACCGGCUCAACACGGAUAAGAAAUCAUGCGACGACAUCGAUGAAUGUGCAACUCCCGCCCAUUGCAGCCACUUCUGUCAAAAUUCUAAAGGCAGCUACAAGUGUACCUGCGCCGAUGGUUACGCACUAGGUGCAGACCGUCGCUACUGCAAAGUCCAAUAUGGCGAGCCCUUCCUGCUCUACAUGCUUCCCAACCAGAUCCGGAGCUUUUCAAUGCACGGACACGCCCAGCAUCUACUUGCUGAAGAUUCACUCUCAGAUAUGCAUGGCAUGGACUAUCGCGUCACUGACAAGUCCAUCUUCUGGACCGAAAUGGAUGAGGGUGUCAUCAACGUCAUGACGUUAGGAAAUGGCAAGCAGUUCACCCUUCUCGAAGAAAUCCACAAGCCCUAUCACAUUGCUGUGGACUGGGUCGCCGGCAACAUUUACUUCACCGACGGCUGGGUUCACAUCCAGGCAUGCGAGCCCACAUUCAAACACUGUACCGACGUCCUUGAUACGGCCUACUCUCACCUGAACACCUUCGCCCUUUCUGCUAACGAUGGCUUGAUGUUUUGGGCUGUGUGGCACGAAGUCGUCAACAAAGACUACGGCCUCAUUGAGCGCUCAAAUAUGGAUGGCACUGCAAGAGUUGCGUUGCUCACGGAUAAGAUCUUGUGGCCUUGCUCAAUUACCAUUGAUGCCGUUCACAAGCGUAUCUAUUGGUCCGACGCGAACAAGAAUGUCAUUGAAAGUGCCACAUACGACGGCAAAGAUAGGAAAGUGGUCAGAGGUGCUGGCCUGUCAAGCCCAUUCAGCAUCGCUUUGUUCGAAGACUGGCUAUACUGGUCAGAUUGGGGCUCAGACUCUCUCAUGGCCUGCAACAGACACACCGGCACACACGUAGGCCUGGUGCAUCACGGUACAGCCAAAGCCACAGUUCUCAAAGUUCUUCAUGCUGUUCAUCAACCAAGUGGUGUAAACCGCUGUGCCCGCAACCAGUGCGCACACAUCUGCCUCCUCAACCCCAGUGCAUACACUUGUGCUUGCUCCCAUGGCUACACUCUGGCAGAGGACUCUCACAGCUGUGUAGAAUCGGAUGAGCACUACCACUUGAACAGCUCCGACAUUCUUGGGCAGUUCUGCAAUCCCGUAUGUCUCAACGGUGGCCGCUGCAUCUCGGCCAAUGACUCUUACUUCUGCACAUGUGCCGGAGGUUUCCAGGGACCCUCCUGUGCGGACGCCGUCGUCGUCUCAAUGUUGCCUCAGCUAUCAAACUCCAGCUCAACGGCGCUUGCCUCCAUCCUCAUUAGCGUCCUGUGCGUCGCCUUGCUUGUCCUUGGCUACGUACUGUACCGGAGAAACAGGGACAAGCUCGCGGCCUUGGAUUUCUCGGUCAGCUUCAAGAAACCGAACUUCAGGAAGCGCCAAGGCUUGCUCGAAGAUGAGCACCCCAUUGCCGCUGACGAAGAUUACCACGCCAUGAACACCGCACCCGGCUUCAUAAAUCCUGCGUUCGACACUCGCAAGGGUCAGCUUCUGUCUGAAAAUGGAGAGUUCAAGCGGUGGGCUUCCAGCGACUCCCUGCAGUCUUCAUCCUCGAAAGAACAAUCAUCUUGCGUCCUUGCCGGCGACUCCGCGGCCAAACAGGAUCAAGUUUUCUUCUUCCGGAAGCACUAGAGGCCAAAGGCCGAACGUCACCCGUUUGUCUAUUGUAUAAUGUGUGACAUUUAAUUUAUACAUGCUCUGUAUGCAACUCGGUCUUCAUACAGCUUUUAAGACGUUGCUGUUCAAAAUAGCUUUUAUCUAACAAAUAAAAAGCAGUCUACUUUUA